AUGGCCAGCUGGAUGGAUACGAAAAACUACAAUAAUAACUUGGCGGAGGAGAAUGCAGAAUGCUACGAAUUUCGUUGUCGGAAAUGCGACAACUUAUUCGUGGGGCAGAUGGAGUUUUCCAAGCACAAAGGAAAGGAAAAGUGCCUCGCGCAACAAGCAGAUCUCAUGAUAGUCGAAAAUGACUACAGGAUGAAGAAAACCGAUGAAUUUCUUCGAAGUAUUUAUAUACGAGCGGCGAAUGAAGAGGAGGAGGGGAGAAUUGGACAGAGCAAAGAUAGUCGGUUCUACGAUUGGGCGUUUGGGCCGAAGAAUAGAUAUGGAAUGUCAUGGAGGCAAUUCCGAAUCUAUCAAGAAACUGUUGCAUAUUAUGGCCACUUUUCAAAUGGAUACUCGUUCUUCCCAGCUCCACCGGAAUCAAGCAAUGGUCACUUCACAUUCCCGAUUCUUCCCCCUCCACCUCCACCUUCAGCUGUUCCAUCAACAGAGAGUGAUCACUCGUCACGAGAUCAGUCCACAGGAAUCGAUCCACUAUAUCUGACAGAUGAAUGGCAUGUGUAUCCAGAACCACCAUCGGUGCCUUCAGAGACACGUCCAAUAUCGCCAGCCGUCGCCAAGGAUUCUGUGGAAUCGACACCAGGAUACGGUACUCGUAACGGUAGUCCUCUUGGCUCGGAGCACCAAAGCUCACCGCAACAUAAUGAUGAUGUAAAUGUGCUCGAGAAACGAACACUAUCGAUUCCUCAGUUUGGUACCUCUGAGAUUGCACUGGAACAGAAGAGAAAGCGACCAGCUCCCGGAUCAUUGAGAGAGCUUCUUCAAAAUGUUGCUGACAACGGGGCAUCCUCUUCAACGGAACCGAGACCGCAGUCACCUAUGGAUCCGCCACACGGGACAAUCUGGUCCACGACUUCACUUCUCACCUGCGUUGCUCUUGAGCACUGGAGCUGCCACGCCAUCAUUGCACUCAUCAGAAUUCGAAGCUCCCAAGAAAUCCUUUUCCAAUGCACCAUACCUUUUGGAACAACAGAUAAAGUAUGCGAGUUCAUUGGGAACACCUCCGAAAUGAAAAAGCAUAGGACUCAAGACGAGCAUUCUGUAUUUGAGUGUAUGCAAUGUUGGGAGAAGUUUUGUUUAAAAAAGGACAUUAAAAAUCACCAAGAGAAGCAGUGGUUGAAAUGUUAUAGGGGAAAGUGGACCGCUUACAUGGUAACGAGUGUAGUGAGCAUUGACGACUACCCAGCUGUUAAGGGGAUGUACCGGCAAGAAUAUGAAGGACCAAGAACUGUUUGGAAAGGACCAGUUGAUGAAAGGGAUAAUAAACAAUGGCAAAAAAAGAAUACUGAAAUGGAUUCGGAUAUUUCCAGUUACAACAGAAGAUUUGGAGCAACUCAUUACACUCCAACAUACAAUGAGCCUUCCACAACUUCACAGACACCCGAGAACAUCUACACUGGAUCAAAAAGAAAAGUUCUUCUCACAACUCUACCGGUUCUUCCACAAGUUUCUCAAGCUGUCCCAAUCGACAUCGCCCCAGGACCUCUUCAAGCUCCACCUCCUUCAUCAGAUGAUUCAAUGGAAGUCAGCCCGGAACAGCCUGAUUUCGAGAUGUCUCCUGAGUACGAUCCCGGAACUUACGAUCCGAUACCGGUGUCACCAACGUACGGCAGUCCUAUGGAUAUCGUCGUAUCUCCCGCUUCAACUCACAAAGAUACAAGAGACGAAUAUCCGCCGAUAGCGUCAUCUCAACUUCUCACACCUUCUCGUUCAAGCUCCCCGGAGAGCAUCAAGGGAGAUUCGGUACCCUCGUCAUCCACUUUGAAAAAAACUGAUGUGUGUGACAAACCGUCUUCUAAGAGACAAGCUGACAUACCUCCUGCCAAAAAGCGUCGUCAGGAACUGGAACAGACCGAUAUAUUGGGUUCUAUCAUGAAGAGCAUCACUCGUACUCAGAGCACAGAUCAACCAAAAAUUAUGAAGAAGACAUAUGAGCAAAGGGACCCAAAGGGCUUACCAAGACCGAUCUGCCCGAGUGAAAAGAUGCUCAAGAGGAGCAUUUCAAAUUCAACUGCAUUCGCUUCAAUGAAUCUUUCCGAAAAAAGAGAAGCUCAAUCGACGUCGUGUGCCAGUCGCCGCCAAAACAUUGAGAGACAAACUUCAAUGACUGGUCCAACCACCUCGGCUACUCCACCAACUCCAACUCCAACGAGGCGAGUGACUUUCAAGGAACAAUCACCGGCUCCCGAAAGCCACAUGUUCGAAGAUCGUUCUCUGACCCAACAACUAAUCCCACCAACCUCGAGAAAUGAUGGAAUCCCAUCAACACCGAGUGCUUCAGAAAUUCCUGUGCCACCAGCGAUGAAUGUUGCAUUCAGGCAGGAAUCAGCACAACCCACAAAAGCUGACGAAAUCCUGACUACUACGAAUUCUUCACAAAGUCCAGCUCCACCAAAAAAACUCAAAAAGAAAAGACUACCACCACUAGACAUGAGUCGAAGGGCAUACAGGACAGGAAAACCAGUUCCCUACUAUGAAAGUGAUAGUGAUAGUGAUGAAGACAAAUACAUCACACUCAGUGACUAA